AUGUCAUCUAAAAAGCAUGCAUCAGGCAGUGAGAAAAGGAAAAGGAAAAAACGUGUAUAUGAGUUGAUAGAAUCACAAAGAGGAUCCAUUGACAAAUUUUUUAAGAGUAGUACAACAACUUCAAGAAACCCAAACGAUUUGAUGAUAGUUGCUGUGGAGGAACAAACUAAUACUAUUCCAGAAGACAAUGUUGGCAUCAACACGGAUGAUAACAAUGUGAGUGAUCAUGAGCACUUUGCUAGUGAUGAAGAACCCGUUUUUACUUCAGAUAUGUAUGAUCCAGUCAAUUGGGACAAUCUUGAUAAUAAAGCAAGGGACAUAUUAGUAGAGAAGGGGCCUAUAAGAGAAGAAAAUAUUAUAUUUCCUUUGGAUGCCAACUCAAGACAUCUUUCUUACACUCAUUACUCUAGAAAAAUGAGCAAUGGAGAAGUACGUGACAGGAAAUGGUUAGUCUAUUCAAAACAUGUUGAUAAAGUAUUUUGCUUCUGCUGUAAGCUUUUCGGUUCUAAUAACCGCAACAAUUCACUGGGGCGUGAUGGAUUUAGAGAUUGGAGGCAUACCAGUGAGAGGUUGAAAGAGCAUGAAGUUAGUGUUGAUCAUAUUACCAACAUGAACUCUUGGAAUGAACUGAGUGCAAGACUAAGGAAACGAGAAAUGAUCGACAAGGAGUUACAACAGCAAAUUGCAAAGGAGAAAGAAUGCCUAAGGCAAGUUCUGUUACGAAUAGUGGCUAUUGUGAAAUUUCUUGGUAAACGCAACUUAGCUUUUCGAGGAUCUAGUGAGCAACUUUACAAUGACCUUAAUGGUAAUUUCUUAGCUUGUUGUGAGAUGAUCGCAGAAUUUGACUUGGUGAUGCAAGACCAUCUUAGAACUCCUGUACUAAGGCUAUUUCCUUCUUUGGAGUUGUGCAGCGGGUAUAUAGGCAUUGUGACCGCCUACAAUGAUGUUGACCUGGCGCUCAAGCCGCUGGAAAUCUCCAUUCUGGUCGGCAUUGGGACGCUGGGCGUCAUGGCGCAACGGAUCAUGUUGUUCUUCUCUGUUCUGGUCGGCGUGGUCAUCGCGCCUGCCUUUGUUAUGGUCGUCAUGAUCGUCGCUGCUGCGACUGUCAUGGUCAACACGGACAUUGCAGUUCUGGCAAAGCUCGUGCAGGUCAUCCCGGAUAUCGCGCUGUCGAUCUAG